CUGCGCGCACCAUGGCCGGCUGCUGCUGCCUGUCCGCGGAGGAGAAGGAGUCGCAGCGCAUCAGCGCCGAGAUCGAGCGGCAGCUUCGCCGGGACAAGAAGGACGCGCGCCGCGAGCUCAAGCUGCUGCUGCUGGGAACUGGAGAAAGUGGCAAAAGCACCUUUAUCAAGCAAAUGAGAAUCAUCCAUGGGUCUGGUUACAGCGACGAAGACAGAAAGGGGUUCACGAAGCUAGUUUAUCAAAACAUAUUCACCGCCAUGCAAGCCAUGAUCAGAGCCAUGGAUACCCUGAGGAUACAGUACGUGUGUGAACAGAAUAAGGAAAAUGCCCAGCUGAUCAGAGAAGUGGACGUAGACAAGGUCUCCGCUCUCUCCAGGGACCAGGUGGAGGCCAUCAAGCAGCUCUGGCAGGACCCGGGAAUCCAGGAAUGUUAUGACAGGAGGAGGGAAUACCAGCUGUCAGACUCUGCCAGAUAUUACCUGACGGACAUUGACCGGAUCGCCAUGCCAUCGUUCGUGCCAACGCAGCAAGACGUGCUUCGUGUCCGAGUGCCCACAACCGGCAUCAUUGAGUACCCAUUUGAUUUGGAAAACAUCAUCUUUCGGAUGGUGGAUGUUGGUGGCCAACGAUCUGAAAGACGGAAAUGGAUUCACUGCUUUGAGAGUGUCACCUCCAUUAUUUUUUUGGUUGCUCUGAGUGAAUACGACCAGGUCCUCGCUGAGUGUGACAAUGAGAACCGCAUGGAGGAAAGCAAAGCCUUAUUUAAAACCAUCAUCACCUACCCCUGGUUUCUGAACUCAUCGGUGAUUUUGUUUUUAAACAAGAAGGAUCUUUUGGAAGAGAAAAUCAUGUACUCUCAUCUAAUUAGCUAUUUCCCAGAAUACACCGGACCAAAGCAAGAUGUCAAAGCUGCCAGAGACUUUAUCCUGAAGCUCUAUCAAGAUCAGAAUCCCGACAAAGAGAAAGUCAUCUAUUCCCACUUCACAUGCGCUACAGACACAGAGAAUAUCCGCUUCGUGUUUGCUGCUGUGAAAGACACAAUUCUACAACUAAACCUGAGGGAAUUCAACCUAGUUUGAAAGCUGCUGCCCACUCCUUACCCAGGCCAGCAAACCGGAUUUGCAAGCUCCUCGUGUUUUUAUUUGUAAGUGCUUCUGACCUCCCCCGGCCCAGCCCAGAGGUGGCACCAAGUCCAUCAUGCAGGCCACGGGGACGGGGAUGGGUGAUGGAGCUUGUAAGAUAUUUGAGUUUAGCGAAACUUUUUCAAAGUCUUUAUUCCCAAAUUGUUUUUACAUUUCUUUUCUUGACUUUAGGCUGUAAGAUUUUUGUGUAAUUUUUGAAGUUGAUAUUUUAUAGAAUUUUUAAGAACCACUGUGAUUUACGAUAUUGUUUUUUUUAAUUGAAGUGUGUGUAAGAAUAGCCGUUAAAAAAAAUCACAUAACAGAGGACUCAAUUUAUAGGUCAUGCUUUGAGACCUCUAGGAUUAUCCUUUUUUUAACUAAAUCUUGUAAUUGAGUGUUUUUCUCUCUUCAUGCUGAAGUAUACCUUUAACAUGCAAGCAGAGACAUUUUUUUAAAAACAGAUGGUUCUUCUUUGUGUUAACUUUCUAAGGCAAAUUAAUGACAGUAUCAGUACCUCUAAUUUAGUUUUGCCACAAUUUGAUCACUACGGAACCAAAGCUGACAUAAGAAGAUAAAUGGGCUCUAGAUAGUAUAUAUGUUGUAUUGGUGGAAAAUGUGUGUGUGUGUGUGUAAAAAUUCCAGUGUAAAUGAGCAGGUCUUAUAAACUUAUGAAAUAAGUCUGUUUAACAAAUGUAAUUGUAAGCCCUGCCAAAGGUCUGAUGCCCACCACAGAUUUGCUGUUUGACCCAUGUGUGCUGUGCCUUUCUGAGGCAGCUAAGAAUAUACCAUUUUUCCAUUAGCAUUGGACUAUGUUGUGUUUCCUUGAGCUCAUGGUUGAUUGAUUGAUAGUUAUGCUCCUAAAAAGAAGAAUGCUGUGACUUUAAUAGUUAAUAACUCCUUAGAGGGGAGGAAAACUAAUUUUACCUCCACCCUUCUAGGUUCCUGGCUGAGACCCCACCCCUGUAAUAUAAGAUUAACAGGAGAAAAGUAACAGAAGUCUAACACCAUUUAUACCUCCUGUAUACAUGGGAGCUACCCUGGAAAACUGAGUUU